AUGGCGAUGACAGGCACAGCCCAAAGAAUCACUGCCUUCUUGAGAGGUAUUCUUGUAGACGACAAAUUCGUGUCCGUGGAUCGCUGCUUCGGUGCGGAUCUGAAGUUUAUUUUGCUUCUCCAAGGCAUGCAGUCGGCGGCUUCAACCCAUCCGUGUCCAAUCUGCAAGGCCAAAGUAUGCAACACAUCAGCGAAAGAGGACCAUGUGGCUAAGCUUAUUGCGAUUAUCCACGAUUGUGGCGUCAGUAUCCAUCUUUUUUCUUCAAAUGAUUUGAAACAUCAGGGGAGGAGCUUCAGUUCGCUGACAGGAACUGACGUUGACGUACUGCUAGAAAAGCUGCCUGGUCGUCUUCGAGAUGUCCUUCAUCACGACACAGCCGAAGAUGUUGUUUUGCUCUGGAACAUCUUAAGAGAAGUACUUAAUGUUUACAAGAAUGAUACAUCCGGCUCUGACGUCUCGGCGCGAACAAAACUUUUUCUCUACGUUUUCGUGCGGCUGGGCGCAAACCGCAAAGCAUAUGGUCGAGACCGUGUGACUCCCUACAUUCACAUAUUUUGUGCGCACUCGGCGCAAAAGCAUGUACAACUGCACUGCCUGGGCCAUUAUUCCAGUCAGGGGCUUGAGAAGAAGAACGACACGCUGAAAAAACUGCACCACACUAAAACUAACAAGUGGGACGCCGCAUGGGACGUCUUAAAAAUAGUGAAGCGGGGAGAAUUGCAGACUCAAAGGCCGCCAGUAAGAAACUACACAAAACGAUCUCGCGAGUACUGGUCUCUGGGCGGUAUUCAAGAAAGUCGAAAGAAAAGACCACGUAGGAGCGUUGUUCCGCGAAAUGACAAUCCUAGUGGGACUUUGAAUCUAGAUGCGAUGCGCCCCGGUGAAAUUAGAACAGAGUUGGCACAUCGUGGUAUAAAUACAUCAACCAGGGACUUCCAGAAAUUAAAACAAAUGCUCAGGAACUCUGAGCGCUGA